AUGAACUCCCUGAAUAUCAUCACCUCUCGCGUCUCUCCGCCGCCGAGUCCGGUUGCCUCGCGAUCCAACUCCAUUGGCUCCUUGGGAUUGGCCGUCCAACCUGACAGCGACCAGCAGAGUGACGAAGGCGCAGACAAACAGGGCGACGACCAAGACGAAGAUGUUUUCCCCCUCGAAAAGACGGCUUUCGAACAGCGCAACGACGCACAUGGUGCAUUAGACCUCGCGAGCGAAGCUACGCCGCUAAUAGGGGGAGAAUCGAAAGAAGCAGGGCUGAGAUCAACUUCAUGGCACUCAUUGCCUCGGCGCAUCGCUGCCGGCUUCAUCAAUUCCCUCCGCUGGGUAUUGUCCACCCUUGCCGCCCCGGGCGUGUAUCUGAUUGCCUGCCUUUAUGACGACGCAGGGGAUUUCUCGCUCUUUUACCCAUUCAAAAGAUUAUUCGGCUUGCACAAUAGAAGCAACAAAAAGCUCGCGACAGACUUUGCUGGCUCCGUGGACGAAAAGUCGGGCCGGCAGGGUAGCGCCGGAUACGGAGGGGUUGCGUACUCAAGACCAGUGGGAUCAUCAGGUUCAUCUUCUUCAGGCAUAUCUUCAGAAUCGGACUCGGAUGCCGAUCGCCGACGCCGGGGCUCCACCGGUCGACACUCGCGUUCAAAGUCCGCAGCGGAAGAGAUUGCGCCAGCACGGAGGUCUAUUCGGAUCAAGCUACACAGUGAGGAUGCUCUUCCGCAACGAAAGCACCGAAAGACGCAGUCUGCGGCAGCACGGCCCAAGGGCAGCGGUGAAUCUGGCUCUUCCGACAUUUCCGCGCAACUGAAGUCUCCGACGUCUCCCGCAGGCGCGCUGACGCGAUAUCCAAAGACACCAGCCCCUCCUCGACCCUUGAUUCCUCGACGACAACCAUCAUACCUCAACCUCGAGCCUUCGACUGAUCCUAAGUACCAAAAGACUCUCAUUCUGGACCUCGACGAAACCCUGAUUCACAGCAUGUCCAAGGGGGGACGCAUGAGUACGGGGCAUAUGGUUGAGGUCAGAUUAAACCAGACGUACGUCGGUGCCGGAGGCCAAACAUCGAUCGGACCGCAGCAUCCCAUUCUGUACUGGGUUAACAAACGUCCACACUGCGAUGACUUCCUCCGUCGGGUUUGCAAAUGGUAUAACCUCGUCGUUUUCACGGCCUCGGUCCAGGAAUAUGCGGACCCCGUGAUAGACUGGUUAGAGGCAGAGAGAAAAUUCUUCUCGGCGCGAUACUACAGACAGCACUGCACGUUCCGACAGGGAGCCUUCAUCAAGGACCUUAGUUCCGUUGAGCCGGACUUGAGCAAGGUCAUGAUCUUGGAUAAUAGUCCACUGAGUUACAUGUUCCAUCAAGAUAACGCCAUCCCUAUUCAAGGCUGGAUUAACGACCCGACAGACAAUGAUCUCCUGCAUCUAGUGCCACUGCUCGAGGGUCUCCAGUAUGUGUCGGACGUGAGGGCGCUGCUUGCAUUGCGUGGAGGCGAAGACGGUCAGCAUAUGGCGUAG